UGUAGUCAGUCGCUAGUCAGCUACUAACUUCAGUGCGGUGCGCUUGAGGGCAGGCGGAUUUGUGGUGCCAUUGUGCAAUAAUAAAACGUAUAACGCCAUGUUUCGCUACUCGAUUGUGUUUCUUUGCGCGAUAUUAGUGCUAACUAAUGUAGAGUUUAUACAAGCUGGAAGAUUCGGCAGCGGAGGCGGUAGCAGAUCGGGUGGAUUCUCAGGCGGUGGAAGACAUUCCUAUCCUAGUUCUGGUGGUCUCUCCGGUGGCGGUGGGAGCCGCCAUAGCUAUCCAUCUUCUGGUGGAUUAAGUGGAAACAGCGGUGGUAGUCACAGCUAUCCGAGCGGCGGAGGGAGUCACAGUUAUCCAAACAGCGGUGGAAGUCACACUUACCCCAAUAGCGGAGGACAUAAAUACCCACCAUCAACGGGCAACUCGGGAAGUCACACUUAUCCUAACUCUGGUUCAGGCCUAUCCGGGUCGAAUAACCACGGGUACAAUAACAGAGGUGGCUCGAGCGGUGGCACUACAAACAUUCAUCACCACUACCAUUACAAUCCUCCUCAGCAAAUACACUACGCUUCGCCUCAUGGCGGUCCGCCGAUGAGCUACCCCGUGUAUCGCGGAACUCCCCCUUCCUACGUGUACCAGUACAAAGAUUCCGGUAGCAAAUACAGUUCUUUGUUGGCUGGACUGGCAUUGUUCAACCUUGGAGCCCUCGCUGGCGGCGUUGCCGGCUACGGCAUAGGACAUCAUUCAUCCUCAAACAACAAUAACUACCAAAGUUACAAAGCACAACCAGGCGAAGUAUGCUUAUUCGGCAUCAAGAAAGAUAACGGAGACUUCGAAGAAACCAGGAUAGACUGUCAGCUGAUAAGUAGCUUUAUUUACGCCGAACAGGCUAAACAACAACAGGCACAGAAUUCUCAGAACCAAACUACCGUGAUAACUACCGUGACGAAUACGACCAUCGUUAAUGCGACCAACCCUCAAGAUACGCCUUCUUACGUAUUAUCGCCAAACGGUACUCUGGUGACGCCCGGAGCGGCACCAGACGCUGGCAACGGGACUAUUGGGGCUCCAGCCACCGGUGGAGCUGUGACUUCAUCCGUGAUCGUCACGACCACCAACACGACGGUCAACGCUGUGGACGUCAAGGGAGCACCGAUCCAAGUCACACCCGGAAUGCAGUGUUACGUUAUGAGGAAAACACCUAAUUCUAGAAUGAAACAUGAAGUGCCAUGUGGCCUUCUACAGACUUACGCAGAUAAAUCAAUAAAACGUAAUUCAGCUGCUCGAAAUGUACCAGCAUUUACUAUUUUAGCUGUAAUAUGUGCUGUGUUUGUUGCAUAUUAAUUUUAUAGAUCUGAUAUUAUUUUGAAUUUGUUACUUCUCUAUUUGAUAAAUUUUAUACAAGUGCGCAAUGCCAAACAAAAAAAAAACUUAAGACUUUGUACUUCAAACAAAAUGGAUACUCCUAAGACGUACCUAAUUAAAGUUUACAAUACAAUGUAGUCAAACAUAAAAAUUUAUGAUUCACGUUUUAGUACUUACUUACUUCAUUGCACUUAGUACUAUACCUCUCUUUUAACACAAUAAAGCACUUAAUGAUGAUGAUGAUGAUGAGGUAUAUUUGCGCGUGUUGCGCCGACCCGCCAAGUCAUAUAUUCAAUUGUUCAUUAUUUUGUUAUAAGGCGACAUAGUCUGCAAAGGGUUUUAAUUGCUCAUCAUUUAAUUUUCUUUUUUUCUUUAACUGAUUUGGUCAUAAGUUUUAUGUUUGAUGGUUUACGAUUGGCAUCAUGUUCGUUCAGUCAACCGUGAUUUAAGACUAAGUAAUGUGUUGUGUGUAUUGUAUCAUGACUAUUCAGAUAAAUCAAAAAACAUUGUGGUGACAGGUACUUAAAUCCUUAUUUUUCCAAUACAUUUCCAACUGUGUGGCGUCUAUGAUCUUAUAUCUAAAGAUAGGUUAUACACGCUCCAAAAUUGAAGCACUCACCUUGUGACAAAUUGUAAAAGUUGCCUUUAGUCGCGCCCAGCGAGAAAUGUGCACGUGCUAACGAGCUCCCGCUCACCGAAAGAGAAAGAGACAAGCUUAUGUUUAACAACGAGUAUGACAAAGAUGAAUGGAAUGCGAAAUUUUAUAAAAAAUAAUAGAUUUCUUCGUAGGUAUAGAAAUAAAUAUAUAAGUAUUUUCGUGCUCCUUAUGUAUGAGUAUAACCCAUCUAUAGUUAUUUAAUAUCAUUGUGUGGCGUCAGCACAUAUUGUCAGAGAAGUCUUGUAUUACUUUAAAGAUCAUUUAAUGCUCAACCAGUCUACCAACUUUUUUUAAUUAACAUCAGAAAUGUAUUUACAGUAGAACUGGGCUUACCGUGGGACAGUCAAUCUGUGUAAGAAUGUCCUAUAAUAUUUAUUUAUUUAUUUAGUGGAUUCAACUACAAAAUUAAACUGAAUAUGAUUAAUCACCGAGUGGAUAUUAUUACUUGUAUUAAAGUAAGUAGAAAUAAGACUAAUUAUUGUGAUAAUUAAUUGCCUCGUCUGGUCUCUAGUAUCAUGGGAGUCCUAACUAGUGUAAUUGUCUUAAAGGCGUACCUUUUAUCGAUUUUCUCUACACACCUUUGUGUUUUAUAACUUUUAUGAAGCUUUAGCACGAAAUGUUAACCUUUUAAUUUGACCGACUUAGCAGUUCUGUUUACUAGUACUUUACAUAGGUACUAUUGUCACGUCGGCACAAAACUCAAUUUAUUGUGCGAAAAUGUAUGCUCUCGCUUGUGUGAUCUCAUUGAAACAUCCGUUCAAAUGUAAUGAAUAAUGACAUGUGAUUACGAUGGGACCCAAAAAUUUUGUAUUUUGUUCAAUAAAAGUGCCUUUUACCGUUA